GAACCUGAGCAGUCUGCUGAGGAUUCAACAUCUACAGAUGUGACACCAAAGUCUUGUUAGAGGACAUAAUGGAAGAGGUUUCUCUGCAGCAACAAAGUGAAAGCAAGAAGUUUCAGCCAUUUGUUUUGUUUCAGAGGUAAGAGAGUGAGUCAGUGAAUGGUGAAAAAUGUCUUCCUCCCCUGCUGUGAAGGUGCGGGAGCACGCAGACACGCUGUACAUCUCCAUAGAAGCGGCCAUAGCACUGGCCUCCGUGCUGGGCAACGUGUUAGUGGUGUUAGUGGUGUGCGUCAACCGGACCCUGCGCAACACCACUUUUUGCUUCAUCGUGUCCCUGGCGGUGGCCGACAUUGCCGUGGGGGUGCUGGUGAUCCCACUGGCCGUCACCAUCAGCUUGGGCAUCAACACUCAGUUCUACACCUGCCUCUUUCUCUCCUGCCUGCUUGUCAUCAUCACGCAGAGCUCCAUUCUCUCGCUGCUAGCCAUCGCCGUCGACCGCUACCUGAGGGUCAAGAUCCCCACCAGGUACAGCACUAUUGUGACCCAGAAGAGGGCCUACGUUGCUGUGUGUCUGUGCUGGGUCAUCUCCUUCCUUACUGGCCUGGUGCCCAUGGUUGGUUGGAACAACCGCCAUGUUCUGGGGAACCUCAGCCGCUCCGACUACAUGGUGUGCAAGUUCACCACCGUAAUGACUAUGGACUACAUGGUCUACUUCAACUUCUUCGGCUGGGUGGUGGCGCCGCUGGUUGUCAUGAUCGCCCUCUACGGGGAGAUCUUCCGAGUGAUCCGGCGGCAGCUCAACCGGCGUGCUGAGGCUACCUCUGAUGGUGAGCGCUACUACAGGAAAGAGCUGAACCUGGCCAAAUCCUUGGCCUUGGUGGUUCUACUUUUUGCAGUGUGCUGGCUACCGCUGCACAUCAUGAAUUGCGUGGAAUUCUUCUACCCAGGCUCUUCCAUACCUAAGCUGGCCGUCUACGUGGGCAUUUUCAUGUCCCACGUCAACUCAGCCCUCAACCCGCUGGUCUACGCGUUCCGGAUAAAGCGCUUUCGGGUCACGCUACUGGAGAUCACGCGGAGGUGCAUGUCUUGUAAAGCUAUGGAACCCAGCCCAUAUACAUGCAGCAUGCCGGCGCUAACUGAAAAAGGCCUGCAGUGUGAUCCUGUAGAUGGCGCCAAGUGAAGCCAUCCAUCAUAGCCUUCUUUUUAGACCAAAGAUAUUCAACUGUGGGCUAAAUUCGGCCCGUGAAAGACUUCAGUUUUCAGUUUUUGCAACAGAUUCCUAUAAGCAGCAGAGCUCUCCUGUCAAUGUUUUUGCAGUAGGUGCUUAAAAACAGCAGAGCGCUCCUGUCAUUACUUUGUCAUGAUCUCUGACUCGCCUUAGUGCUUCUGUUUUCAUUUAUGACUUUACUUAUGACAACCAUUUGGUGAUGUAAAAGUUUUACGGUAUAAUAGAGGUUGGGCUGACAUAAUAGACAAAAUGUUAGCCCAUUCAUUGACACAUUGUAUGGAUUCAAUGAAGG